AUGGAGGCAUCGCAAAGGCGACGUGGUGCACAUGGUCUGGUUUUGUCACUCACCGUUCACUGGCCAGUCGAGGAGAAGAAGAAGAAGACGAGGAGGAGGAAGGAGAAGAGGAAGAAGAAGAAGAAGAAGAAGAAGAAGAAGAAGAAGAAGGAAGAAAACCAACAAAGUAGUCAGAUAGUGUUUUGGUACUAA